AAGAACAUGGACAUGAAGUUGGGGACAACCCUGACGAUCAAGGGCAAGAUUGCCAACGAUGCUAAUGACUUUGUGAUUAACCUGGGCCAGGGGGCCGAGAAACUGAACCUGCAUUUCAACCCCCGCUUCAAGGAGUCCACCAUCGUCUGCAACUCUCGGGAUGGCACCUGGGGCCAGGAGCAUCGGGACAAUCACCUGUGCUUCAGCCCAGGGUCAGACGUCAAGCUCAACAUCACCUUUGAGGACAACCAGUUCAAGGUGAAGCUGCCAGAUGGACACACUGUGACCUUUCCCAACAGACUGAGCCACAGCCACUUGAGCUACCUGUGUGUGAAGGGGGGCCUCAAGAUCUCCUCCUUCAAGUUUCACUGA